GGAAGCUCUGUGCCUGGAGGGGACCCGCCGCCAUCUCAGGUCUCAGCCUCGCGGGGCCCACCACAGAGAGCUGACGCCCUGUCCUAAGAAUCCUUAUGGGUGACCAACCUUGUUUCUCCGGGAGAUCCACGCUCCCACCUGGAAACACGCGGGAAACCAGGCCUCCAAAAAAGCGCUGCCUCCUAGCUCCACGGUGGGAUUAUCCAGAGGGAACCCCCAACGGAGGUAGUACCACUCUUCCCUCUGCACCUUCUCCUGCAUCACCCGGCCUGAAGUCGCACCCUCCUCCUCCGGAGAAGUAGUAGAAUGUACUUCUCCCACCCAAACCAGUCUCUGAGGGAUUGCAGAAUGACUCCAUUUCCUUGGUGCAUUCAUAAAAUGGUUCACCCUGUGAAGAUGAUGAAGACUAUUGACAAUGCUGCCCUGAUUUUUCUGAUGUCCUACACCAGUCUUGUGAUAAUCAGCAUAAUUUCACCUCCUGAAUUUGAAUGAAUUAUGGGACAUAACCAAGAUCAGACUGUAGACAUCUAAGAUUGAAGGCCAUGGCCUGGAUCCUAAAGAACUCACCAGGGCAAAUAAACCCUGUGAGAUGGUCCUGCAGCAGCCAAUCAAUGCUCUUUUGUGCCACCCAGUCCCUGCUGUGUAACUUUGAGUUUCUAUAAAUCCAUUAAGGUCCCAAUAAAUUUUGUGUCUCAU